AUGGAGGAGCGGGAGCGGGGGGCGAGGUCCGCUCGCGCCGGGAGCCCCGCGCGCCCGCCCAGCCCGCGGCUGGAUGUCAGCUCUGACAGCUUCGACCCUCUGCUGGCUCUGUACGCGCCUCGCCUCCCGCCCAUCCCGUACCCCAACGCGCCCUGCUUCAACAACCUGGCCGAGUACGAAAGCUUCCUCAGGACCGGGGUCCGGGGCGGCGGGCGCGGGCGGGCGCGAGGCGCGGCCGCGGGCUCAGGGGUCCCCGCCGCCGCUGCCGGGCCCUCGGCCAGAACCCGCCGCCGCCAGGACGCCCCCGCUCCUGACCNGUUGGGGGGGGGGAGGGCCCCGCCGGCUGCCCGGAAGGUGGUGGCCCAAGGGGGCGUUUGCAGGGUGAAGACUGGCUCAUCUAUCCAUUUGGAGUUUGUUAUACAGGCUGCUGAAAAGAGACACAGAAUGUGCCUUCUGCUGGUGAUGGGUAUGCACGAAGGCAGCCCUCUGGGUGAGCUCCAUCGUUGUAUCCGGGAGGGAGUGAAGGUGAAUGUUCAUAUCCGCACUUUCAAGGGUCUUCGGGGCGUCUGUACAGGCUUCCUCGUCGCAUUUGACAAGUUCUGGAAUAUGGCACUUACUGAUGUGGAUGAGACCUACCGAAAACCUGUUCUAGGCAAAGCAUAUGAGCGGGAUUCUUCAUUGACUCUCACUAGGCUGUUUGAUCGCUUAAAACUUCAAGAUUCCUCCAAAAAGGAAGCCGAUUCUAAGUCUGCAGUUGAAGACUCCACUCUGUCCAGAUAUUCCCAGACAUCUACUUGGAAGGUGGCUUCAGUGUGGGGAAGAGGAGAUAGUGACCGGAGCUCACGCAGGCGUUCCCGCUCCGUCCCUUCUUCUCUGCAGGCAUCUGCAAGGGAGGAGUCCAGGUCAGAGAUGUCAGGGAGGACUACACGGACAGAAGGGUCAAGUGCGGGAGGUACCUUUUCCAGGGCUACCACCCUUUCCAGGGGUCAGUCCCGUAAGAAAAAGCGAAAGCCCAAAGUGGAUUACCAGCAGGUAUUCACUCGACACAUAAAUCAGAUUUUCAUUCGAGGCGAGAAUGUCCUGCUAGUUCAUCUUGCACAGUGACCAGCUCGGCCUCACUGGAGCUUUGGUUUUUAGAAAUAAAAUGCAUGAAUUGCUGCUACGCUAUAUCCUAGUAUCCCAGUGAAACUCGAGUUGGAAUGAUUCCCUCUGGUCCUGCAUGUGCAGAGCAUAGAGCCAGGCUCAGGCCCUCUGGAAGAUGAGCUCCCUCAAGGGGACACAGGCCUUAGGAGGAUGGGUAUUUGCAUUAAUAUCAAAUCAAAAGCUGUACAGAGGAAACAACAUACAUCUUAUUUGGUGUCAUGGUCGACUUUAGACACUCAAACCAAAUAUCAAAUCUCCAUUUGAAUUAGGGGCCAUGGUAUGAAUUAAAUUCACCCCACAGUCACUGUAAGGAUGGGAGGGAAAAAACACCUCAAAAAAGUGAUUUCAUUUCUAAAAACUAGUGCCCUAUGUACUCAUGAAUUUGAUUCUAAGAGUAGUAAUGUAAAUUUCCCUGUCGUCUUCCUUGUACCCACAACUUGUAACUGACCUUUGAAUUUUGCUCUACACCAUUCUCUCUUGAUCGCAAAAUGUAAUUUAUUACCUUUGAAUAUCUAUAAAACUAAGAAAGCUACCAGCUAAUGAAAGAGUAAGAUUUGGAUAGCUGAUAUGCUCAAAGCAGCCAACAAUGAAUAUUCUGUUCUUACCCCUCUCAUUAUUUAAAGGGAUACGGGACUUCAGCAGUCUUCCCCCCUCCUUACCAGAGGUAGCUUCUGAGAAUGGCAUGCCAGAUGGGACUAGAAGAUGCUCAUGAGGUGGCUUCUUGUCCUUUUCUCUCACUUCUGUGGCAUGGUGCUAGUGCAUGUACACGGUGUAUUGCCCUUCUGUAUGUAGUGUGGACUGUUCCGUGAGCUUUACGGCAGGUGACUGUGACCUUCAUAUCUGGCUUCAAAGAGUUCUGCAUGAACUCAGUAGUACAUAUGCAUCACUUUCUGGUUAGGGCUGGCCUGUGUAGACUAACUUUCAGAAUGGUAUUUCCGUAAAACAGGAGUGGCAGUUUUAUUCCCUAGUGUCAUGCCGAAGAGGUUCUUACAAAGUACAGUGGGUGGCAUCUAUAAGGGACACUUCACUCACUGCCUGGCUUGAGUAAUGGCACCUCUGAUACUUCUACUUGAAUCAUAUGCGUUUUCAAUCACUAGUACAGAAUGGGCUACAUCUUGACACGACUGUUAGGCAAUAUUGAUUUUUUGUUUUGUUUGUAUUUGGUUUUAUUUUAGAACAACUUAUGUUCAAAAUGAGAAUAAGAAAUAGCUGACUAGUUAAAAUGUUUGGGGAAAAAAAGUUCCCCCACUGUAUUUUUUGUGUAACUUAGGUAAGCCUUCUGAGAAGCAGGGUGAAUAAUGUUGAGGGAGUUGGGACACCUGAUCCUUCUGGUAGCUGGGCCACUGGCUCGUCAUGCAAUGAAAGGAGAGCCAACUUAACCCCUCCGUGCCUCAGUUUUUCCCAUCAGACACCUACCUCACAGGGGCACUGAGACAAAGAAUUUUAGGAAGGCAUUUUAAAGUGCCGUGAGUAACUUUUACUAACUAUGUUUCAUAGCUUGGUAAGAGUUCUAUGUCUUAUGAGCAAGGUAGGUGCUACAUAUGAAAGUCAUCUCUGUAGGUGUCAUAAUUUUGAACUCGUCCUCAGAAGGCAGUGAUAUCUUCAGGAACUAUUUUCCAUAAUCCAUUCUUUUCUCCUAAAGGACAGUGGAAGUUCCUAGAAGAAUAUCCUCAUUAAAAGAAGAGUAAAGUUUCUUUGCUGCUUCCCCCACAUCCCAGCCCCAACCCUGUUCUGAUCAUCAUCAGAAAGAAUUCCCCUGAACUUUUCAAGGGGGUUACAUGGUAGUACCAAAGGGACAGUGCACAUCUAAAUAUGACACAUCCCCAAAGGGGAAUUGUAGAUGUUUUGUUUCAUUUACUUGUUUUUAUUUUAAAAUGCAUUGUAAAUAUUCCUCUUUAGAACCAUAUCAGAUACAAUAAACAUUUAGAGAGGUUCCAUGUUACAAAGUCAAGCAGUUAUCUUUGGAAUCUGCUCAUCUAAAUUCUCUUCUAAAUAGUAUGUCUAAAAUCUCUGUUCCUCAAGUAAUAGUUAUCUUCUUUCAUCCUCAGGCACCCCUGCCUCUACCUCUUUACUAGUCUUUCCUGUUAGAUGUCCUCCUCUGUCUGCCCUUCUGUCCCUCAGCUAGAAGCUGCAAUAGAUACCAGGUUUCCCCAAUAGGUAAACGUUUGGUAUCAAAAGGAAUAUAUCAGUUUCCAUUCAUUUUAGUGCCUAAAUCUAACGUGAUUUAUUUUAAACACAUGCUGCAUUUUCAUGUUUGUAUAUAAUUUUCAUAUGUCCAGAUAACGAUUGGUUUGCUACUUUUCUGUCCAAUCUAAUAAUUCUGGCUCUGAAAAUUAUUUUAAACCCAUGUGAUCCGUCUCAUGUGCCCAUAUCCCCCCAUUUAUUGAUUUGGUUUGGACAGUGAUUCUAAGAAUACUAUUUAGUAAAUGUGCUGUUUUGUACAAAGUAUGACAAUUCUUUUUUAGGGAAGUCAAUUUUUUAAAUUAUUGCCUUUUCUUUAUUAUUGUAGAAAUUUUUCAAAAGGAAGAAAAAAAUUGGUCUGAAUAACCUAUGUGCUGCUCAAAACAUGUCAUCACCUAGAACAUUAUAGUAAGUUGCUAUGAAAAUAAUGGAAGUCGUCAGGAGAAGGAAAGAAAAAGGGAAAGUAACAGCCAGACUGGUAGAGUUCUGGAGGCCCCCACAAGCCUACUUGAGGGGGCCCUGCACAGCUGAAAUGCAACAGAACUGGUUUCUGGUAUUCCCCAGGGAUUUGGGCUUAGGACAGUUGCUGGGAAUAGUAUUUAUUUUUGAACAUCCAACUUGGGUUCUUCAGAGUCAUCUCUGGCAUGGGAAUCCGUUUCUGAGACAGCUCGUGGGGCAGACCUGUGGACUUCUUGAGGUCUUCGGAGGAGCAGCCAGCUUCAUUAGAUGAUAACAAAGCACUGAGCCACAGGAGGUGUGGUUUCACGCCCAGAAUGACUUCGUGUGCCAUUCUUUGUACACACAGGUGAUUCUGCGCCCCUACCACCAGCAGAACUUCUGCUUUAGGUUGUUCGUUCUAGUACUUGGGAAGCGCUGUGCUCCCUUUUAGAGACCAUCUUAUGAUGGUGGGCCAUUUGUGAGAUAGUUAGCCAGCAUUAGCAGUGUCUAAGGCAGAUGGCUUUAGACCAGUCCGUUCCUUGCUCUCUCUGCAUGGUGCAUAUCAAGUCAGAAAGCCGAGAAACCAUUCACAUUAAAGUCUAGGUGCAUGAGAAUCCUUGAGUUGUUAGCGGGUCAGGAGGGCCUUCAUCUCUCGUUGUGGUAAAAUUAUCCAGGAGUACCUUUAGAGAUUGUCAGGCAUGAACUAUGAACUGUCUUUAAUUCUCAGAAGCUGUGUGCAGAAGUCUAGGUAUACCGCUUACCCCUUGAGAGAAAAAUAGGACCCUAACUUGAUGCUGAGGGGUUUUGCAUUUGUAUUUGCACUAUCCCCGUAGCCACUGACAUGGGCAAAAUCAUGAGAUAGAACUGAUUCUGUAAAUUUUCUCUUAAUUUUUGCCUUUAGGAAAAAUUAAAAUUAUUCAAAGACAGCUAGCUGUCACUGGUGCUGCCCCAAAGCUUUCCCAUCUUAUAUGUAUUUUUUAUGAAUGAAAUGGUUGCUAUGGGAAGGCCAAGGUUCACGUUAAGAGUAUAAUGGUGUAGAUAUAAUGGUUUAGCAACCAUUUUAAUUUUUCUUUUCCUGUGCCAUAUGUAGACUACAAUCAACCCCUUUUCAGUAGCUUCUGUUCACCAGCCUAUGUUUUCCUGGGCAGUAACUCUCAGAUGCUUUUCUUAGUGAUUAUAAAGCAAGAAAAUCUUAUCUGGGCCUAUGUUACAAAGGUGGGUGGUCUGUCAUUACUUUCUGGCAAAUUGAGUUGAUGAAUUUUAGAUAAGCCUUUGGGGUUCCUGUCGCAGGUUCCUGGGCUCUGAAGAAGGGUUGCGUCUUUUUUACUCUCAGUGUUUUGAGUAUUUUUCAAGUGUUUGUAAGUUCUCUUGCACUCCUCUAAUAAAAAUGAAAGCUAUCUGUCAAGGAAUGGCUUUGGAUGGUUCAGAGAUCUAGGGGAAAAGAAAUAAGUACACCUGAGACCUUCAGUUGGUCUUUUAUUUAUUUAGAAUGAAAAGUAGUUUGAUAAGCUACCAGAGUUAGUGCUGCUUGAAAAACACUCUCUGAAAAGAUGGCAACUGUCCCUCAGGAAAGCUAUAAAGCUAUUCCCAAUGCAUCGCAAUUGCUUUUGAUUUUUAGUCCUUUGGAGCAAAUGUCUGAUGUUAUGUCUGAUGUUAUGUUUUUAGAGCUGUGGGGGAAAAUGUCUAAACAAUUUUAGGGGGUAUUAUUUAAAUGAUUAUCUGGCUGAAGUAUGUGUGAGCUGGGUUCUAGGGCAGCUGUCCAGUUCUUUUUCUGUUGCCCUGACAGUAGCACAGAUAGUGAGCUAUGUCUUGAAAAGUGAUUUGCUUAUUUCAUACUGACAUCUAAAGACAUUAGCCUUCUGUUUGGCAACCCUGGGGACACCCCUCUGCACCGUGACUUAUUAAUGUUUUUUUAGACAAGGCUAACCUGGAUGAUUCUCUGUAUUUAUGGUUUCACUAUUCAUAUACCAGCUGCUAAAAGGAAACCAUAACUUAUAAUCUUGUCUUGAAAUUACUCCUAAUUGUGAAGUUCACCUAAAUUCUUCAUGUUUAGGGAGGAUUGCUGCUAGUAACGUCAGUUUGCAGCGUUCUGCUUUAGGUAUGUGUCAUAUGGGAGUCUGGAAACUGGAAUAAAUACGAUUGUUUUAAUGUAC